CCACUUGUCUAUAUUCAGGAUUUGAAGUGUUUCAGCACAUUCCAUUCAUGCUCAGCAUAAAUAAAUACAAAAGUUAAAAGUUUGGGAGGCUUGGACUAGAGCCAGCUCGCCUGGGUAACAGGACCUUUUGUGGAGUUUGAAGGGUGUUUUUAAAAAGGAGGAAGAAAGAGAGAGAACAGCUCAAGAAUCUUGGCUCAGUCUUGGAGUAUUUCCUCCCAAUUCUCUGGCUAAACCUCAGCACAAAAGUCUGAACUAGAGAGCCUAUGUAAACUGAGGAGGGACUCUGCAUUUCUUCUCACUACCAGACUGAGAGGGGCAUCUCCAUUCACUGCUUGGAGACUUCAAAACCAUGCUUUUUAUUUGGACUCUGGCUUUUAUUUUAGUGCUGCAAGAGCAAGUCUUUUGGGCUACUGCAGAUCCUGUCAGCGUGUCACCAGGAAGUUCACAGGGGACAGAGUGGUGCAAUGAUCACAACACAAUCCACAGGCGCCUUGAUGUUAUCGAAGAGGUAGAAAAAACAGUGGACUAUUUGGACUCAGAAGUGAAGGCACUGCUCAAUACCAUCAGUGAAACAGCGUGGAAUGUCCCUGUUCCUCCUGGGACCCCUCUCAAGGACAUUUUUGAUGACGCCAGCUGAGCACCAGGGAGAUGGAAGAGAUCAGAAUAUAACAAGUCACUGUUGCUUUACAUUGUUGCACUUUGUGCUUUAAGAAACUUUAGAAUGGUUCUAGAUUUUGAACUAAGAUAAACAGUCCUGAAUAAUAAAUUACUUUUUUCUGUGCUUCUUUAAAAUA